AUGACUACCGAAAAAGCGGAAGACAGUGUAACAAUUGAUCCUUCCACGCUGAAUCCUCUAUCACCGGAAGUGAUUUCAAGACAAGCGACAAUUAACAUAGGUACUAUUGGGCACGUAGCGCACGGGAAAUCUACAGUGGUAAAAGCAAUAUCGGGAGUCCAAACUGUCCGCUUCAAAAAUGAACUGGAACGUAACAUCACCAUUAAAUUAGGAUAUGCAAACGCGAAGAUAUAUAAGUGUGAAAACAAGGAUUGUCCGAGACCCGGGUGUUACAGAUCAUAUCGUAGCGAUAAGGAGGAUAAUCCUCCUUGCGAGAGACCUGGUUGCGGUGGAAGAAUGAAAUUGCAAAGGCACGUUUCAUUUGUCGAUUGUCCCGGGCAUGACAUUCUUAUGGCCACCAUGUUGAAUGGUGCUGCGGUGAUGGACGCUGCGCUUCUGCUCAUUGCCGGGAACGAAUCUUGCCCGCAGCCUCAAACCAGUGAACAUCUGGCUGCCAUCGAGAUCAUGAAAUUGAAACACAUCAUUAUUUUACAGAACAAGGUCGAUUUGUGUAAAGAGGCCGCGUGCGAAGAACAUUAUCAUAGCAUCCUGUCGUUUAUUAAGGGGACCGUUGCCGAUGGGGCCCCAAUAGUUCCUAUUUCUGCGCAACUGAAAUACAACAUUGAUGCAAUUAACGAAUAUAUUGUUAAAACAAUUCCUAUUCCUCUCCGCGAUUUCACAUCAGAUCCUCGGCUGAUUGUUAUUCGUUCUUUUGAUGUCAAUAAGCCCGGCGCGGAGGUGGAUGAGCUCAAGGGUGGUGUUGCCGGAGGUUCGAUUCUGCGAGGUGUACUAAAGAUAGAAGUGAGGCCGGGGAUACUUACCAAGGAUAAUGAAGGUCAAAUACAUUGCCGGCCCAUAUUUUCACGGAUCGUAUCGUUGUUUGCUGAACAUAACGAUCUGAAAUUUGCUGUUCCGGGUGGCCUGAUCGUUGGCCAAGUGCUUGGUGCAAUUGGAAAAUUACCAAAUAUAUAUACCGAACUUGAAAUUAACUAUUUUUUGCUUAGAAGAUUAUUGGGAGUUAAAACAGACGACAAGAAACAAACCAAGGUAUCGAAACUCGCCAAAAAUGAAGUUUUGAUGGUAAACAUAGGCUCCACUUCGACCGGUGGACGUGUAAUGUCUGUUAAGGCAGAUCUGGCCAAAAUCCUGUUAACAACUCCCGCCUGUACUGAAAUUGACGAAAAAAUUGCAUUGUCUCGCCGAAUCGAUAAGCAUUGGAGAUUAAUCGGAUGGGGGAAAAUCAAGCGAGGUGUGACCAUCGAACCCGAUCCCGUUUAA